AUGGGAUUUCAUCGUACAUGUCUUGUUUCAGAUUUUAGCUGGCUCAGUUUAGGCGAUGCUGCCAUCUCUGUAAUGCCAUAUGCACAGCACAUAGCACUAGGAACCAAUUUUUGCACUGAGUGGCUGAAUAAUUUGGGAUACCAAAAGCCUGCAUGGUUGGAAGCUCUUUACACACAAAAGUUCUUUGUUGGAUGCUCUUACCAUGAGAAUGCUAAAAAGAAUGAGAAGAAUGUCUGCUGCUUAGAUUGUUGCACCAGUAUUUGCCCUCACUGCUUGCCAUCUCAUCGCUUCCACAGGCUUCUUCAGGUUCGCCGCUACGUUUAUCAUGAUGUUGUUAGGCUGGAAGAUCUUCAGAAACUCAUAGACUGCUCCAACGUUCAGGCCUAUACUAUCAAUAGUGCCAAGGUGGUGUUCAUCAAGAAGAGACCUCAAAAUCGGCAAUUCAAAGGGUCAGGAAACUACUGCACCUCCUGUGAUAGAAGUCUCCAAGAGCCUUUUAUCCAUUGCUCUCUUGGAUGCAAGGUUGAUUUUGUGCUGAAACACUACAAGGAUCUCUCUCCAUACUUGAGGACAUGUAACUCUCUACAACUAAGUCCUGACUUUCUGAUCCCACAAGAGAUGGGGGAUGAGGAGAUGACUCGUUCAACGGUUGUGGAUUGUGAUGAACCAAUGAGCUCAUGCUCGGGGUCAUCAGGGUCAGAGAACAACAUGAGCAUGUCUUGCACAGAGAUUGUUAGGAAGAGGAGGAGUGGAUGGAGCACUGUGUGUGCAAAAUUCAUGGCCAAUAGCAGUAAUAAGGUUUCGGAUGAAGACAUGGCCACCAGCAUGAGUAGAAGAAAAGGGAUCCCUCAUAGAUCUCCACUGUGUUAG